CUGCGAGUCUGCGAAGAAGAGAAGAAGAUGUCUGACCGGUUUUUCCCGAAUGAAAUGCCUCGAUUUGUUGAAGAAGGAGAUGAAAUUGUUCCUGAUGAAGCUUCCCUCUCGAAGCUCCUUUCCAUGCCCUAUCCUGAGCUUGCACAGAGACUAAAGAGGGCUGGCUUGGACCUUUCACAAGCUGUCAAAUUAGAGACCUGGGGAAUUAGCCGGCGGCUACGUGAACGAGAUUACAGUCUCUACGUCGGUGCUCUUGGAACCGCUUUCCUUCUUUUCAAAUCUUAUCAAGUUAACCAGAACAGAGACGAUCUUAAUCUCUGCUCCGAGAUCGUCAACGCUUGCGAUUCUGCUUCUUCCAGCUCAAGAGAUGUGACAUUUAUAUGCGGACGGGCUGGUGUUUAUUCCAUUGGGGCUCUUGCUGCAAAGCACAUGGGUGAUGAUCAAUUGGUUCGUCACUACAUAACCAAAUUCAAGGAGAUUAACUUAAUCAAAGAUCUAUCUGAUGAGUUAUUGUAUGGGAGAGCUGGAUUCCUGUAUGCUUGUUUGUUCCUGAACAAGAAUAUCAAAGAGGGAGUGAUUCCAUCUUCUUUCAUUGGGACUAUUGUUGAUGAGAUUAUUGCACAUGGAAGAAGAUUGGGGAAUGAAAAAUGCCCAUUGAUGUUUGAAUGGUAUCGUAAAAGGUAUUGGGGUGCUGCCCAUGGAUUAGCUGGUAUAAUGCAUGUCCUGAUGCAUGCAAAACUUAAACCAGAUCAAGCUGAUGAUGUUAAACGAACAUUAAUGUAUAUGAUCCGACAUCGUUUCCCGAGUGGAAACUACCCUUCUAGCGAGGAAAAUAACAACGAUGCUCUUGUGCAUUGGUGCCAUGGGGCUCCUGGCGUUGCCAUCACAAUGGUCAAGGCUGCUGAGGUUUUUGGAGAUAGAGAGUUCAUGGAAGCUGCAAUCGACACUGCAGAAGUAAUCUGGAAUCGCGGGCUUCUCAAUCGGGUUGGCAUUUGUCAUGGAAUCAGCGGAAACACGUACGUUUUCCUUUCUCUUCAUCGUUUGACAGGCAAAAGAGAGUAUUUGUACAAAGCCAAGGCGUUUGCUUCCUUUCUCCUCGAAAGAGCUCACACCCUUAUCUCAAAAGGGAAAAUGCAUAGAGGUGAUAACCCAUACUCACUCUUUGAAGGCUUAGCAGGAAUGGCUUAUCUUUUCUUGGACAUGGCUGAACCAAACAAAGCCAGAUUCCCUGCUUAUGAACUUUGAAAUCUUUUAUAUAUUGAAAAAUGGAAGAAGAAUACAUUUUAAUAUGGUACAAAUUGUUGUUUUUCAUAA